CAAGUCAUUUUAGGCGGGAAGAUGAAGAUGAAGACGUUGAGCAACCGGCGCGCGGCUCGAGCAGAGCAGAGCGGCUACCGGGCGAAGAACGGCGCACCUCUGGCAGCCAGCCGUCUCGAGUCGGUCCGCUUGUCUCCUGGGCAGCCGUGCCCGCCGGGACACUGCAGCGUCAGCGAAGGGCUCGGCCUGCCACCACGCUUGGUGACGACGCCAGUUACCCGCGUCAGCAGCUGACUCCCGACGAAGCACGAUGGGCGACGAGUCGAUGGCGUCCGGUGUGUCGACCGGCGAUACCGGAGGCCCACCGGGCGCAGCUGCUGCCGGUGUCGGAGCAGAGGGCAUCAUGAAAAAGCUGUCAAACUACUGGUUUAUCGUCGGGUCCAUACCGCUGGUGAUGUUCCUGCUUGUCUGCCUCCCCACUGUGUUCUACGUCAAGUCCAUUUCAGAAUACAAAAACGCCUACUACUGCAGAAGCAAGGCAUGCGAUGCCUUGGCGUCCGCGACAAAAGCAGCCCGAGAAGCUAAACCCUGCGAUGACUACUUCAGCGCCGUGUGCAAAACGGCAAAAGAGUUCGACAUUGAGGGCGUUUUGAAAAAGGAGGUAGCGUGGUUCGUGAAGGUAACGGGUGCGUAUGGAGACGAAGCAAAUCCACUUUCCGGGUUCGCUACGGCAUACUCACUAUGCCUCAAGAAUCCUGAAAUCGAGUUCUCAUUGGACGCAAUUAAAGAAGUUAUUGGUGGCAUCGACCUCCAUGACCUGACUCAAGCGGGUCGGCUAGCCACAGACGCAUACAAGAAAAUUUGCGCUUCGGCGCUCUUGUAUGGAAUCGACUGCCUCUUUCACCUAGAGUGGAUGCGUGGCGCCGCAAAAAAAGCCUUCAGUGACGAACCAAAGCCAGUGAUCGGAGAGCCGUUGCCGACCCCGUUGAAAAACGCCGACCUUUCGAUUUCUGCUCCCGACAUGGGCAUCAUGGAGCCGAGCCAUUACAUUGUUACGUUGGGGGGAAAUAAAUAUGAGGAUAUAUUGGAUCUGGUUUGGAAGCAGCUGACAGCAGUGGAUGAAACUCUCGUUGGUGAUGAUAGUGAUGCCCCUAUCAGAAUCAAAGCUAUCGGUAAAAAAAUGUACGAGCUUUUGGAAUACAGCAAAGACCUGGACUACACAGCGGUGCCACGAAUGACCUUAGACGGUGAACUUGGAGCAGUUGCACCGGAGCCCGGCUUCACGCUCACGGUUACUGUUUCUAUGUCUGAUACUAUCAAAGCUAUUGUGCCUGCAGUUGCUCAGUUCAAGCGCUUCCUUCUACGGAGUCCGAAUUACGUUGACCUGCUGGCACGAGCUCUCAACUUGUGCCCUGAAGGUACCCCUCCAAUAUGCUACAUUACUCCGGAAGAACUUAGCACGUUUGUGCUUUUGGACACGAUUCUGAGAGCAGGGGCUUUCUAUCUGAUGCCUACUGGAAAAUUGGACCCUAAAGUGAAGAAGCUGUGGUGUAGCCGCUACUUCGACUGGUUCAGCCCCACCACACUUGCUGCCGUAGCGGACAAGUACUUGAAGUUAGCUUACUGGCCGUUUGGUCUCAAGAAUCCCAAGGAUCCCAAAGGGCAGUUUCCGGCUUUUACCCUUGGUAUGAAGUACAUGUCUUCGUUAAUUGACGCCUUCAUUCACUCGUACGCCCUGUCGGCCGCUUCUAGCGAAAAGUCUCGAGCUGGCUUGUACACCAAGAUGGUACAGUUGGACUACAUGGUAUUCUACCCGAACUCAUCAACUGGUGUGGACGACAAACUCAUUAAUGAAUGGAAUCCGGGAAAAGUUACUGAUGAGACCCCACAUGCCACAUUCUUGAACAAUCGAAAGGCACUUAUGAGUUUGUACUGGAAAAAUCCAGAUGAAGAUAUUAAAGCCUCACACCUCUUACGGCACCCCUUGAUGUUCAGCGAUGACGUCGGCAGUUACGACUACGGAACGAACUUGAUGUUUGUCCCCUUCGGAAUGUUCAGACCAUCGUUCUACAGGGACAGCUCAGCCUACAUGGGAAACUACGCCACCUUUGGGUACUACGGCUCCAUGAACAUCAUGAAGAUGAUAGACAACGCAGGAAGCUACGCAAAGGCGGGGUACAACCACCCUAUUAUGUGGCCUGGAACGUACGCAGUGGGCAAGAUGAAUUCACACUACAGAUGCUUCAACCCUACUAACGCGAAUGAGACAGAUGCCCGCUUGGUGGCCAAAGGUUCGAACCCGAUCUCACCAGGAUUUCGGUUCUUCCGGAGACACGCCCUGGUCAGAGCUCACCCACGGCCGGAGUAUCGGCUUGACUUGGACGCCAGGGCUGACAUGGAACAGAUCUACCUCACAGCUGUGAUGCGAACCUACUGCCGCUACGACAAAAUGAAGCCAAGCGUGAACAAAAUGUUCCAGCACAACAUGUACUUCCAGAACGCUUACUGCUCAGACGGCGGCAAACUGAAAAUGGGAGCAGACAAGAUGUGUUACAUAUGGCACAGCACGAGGCGGAAUUAUUGAGACAGCGUGGAACUUACCAUCAUCGCAUACGCACCAGCUCAUUAAAGAACGCCAUGGCCACUUACGUCACGCCUCCGUUACCUCGGCGCCCGCUAAUGAAGAGACCUUGCUGGACCCCUUAGCGAUGACGCUCGCGGUGAAGAAAGGCGUGGGAUUGGCGUAAAGAAAGAAAAAGUGAAAAUCCAGCUAUCGCGAAUGUUUUAGACUAACCCUAUACAAAUUGCCGUUCGCAAAAAAACAAGAAAAAAAAACACGGUGCGGCGCAGACGUAGAAGCGCGUAACAGGAGGUGACAGGUUGUCACGCCUUGCUCAACUACAACACGUUGGGAGGCUGAGCGUUUCUUUGAGCCAUCGCCUUCACACCGGCAGCGUAACCAAAGGUAAAUGUUUCCCGCAACGUACGGAACAAAGGCCGUGGCCUUCGAUGGUACUUCUGUAAUAUGAAGCUGUUGGCAAAAAUACCUCCUGUUUUCUCUCAAUGUAUGGAACAAAGGCCGUGGCCUUCGACGAUAAUUCUGUAAUAUCAGGACAGGGACAAAAUAUCUCCUGCUUUCCCUCAAUGUAUGGAACAAAGACCAUGUUCCUCGAUGGUGGUACUUUAAUAUGAAGCUAGUGACAAACAACCUCCUGCUUUCCCGCAAUGUAUGGAACAAAGGCCACGUUCUUCGAUGGUACUUUUCUAAUAUGAAGUUAAUAGCCUAUGGUUUUCGAUGAUACUUCUGGGAUAUGGAGAUAGUAACAAAAAUGCCUUCUGCUUUCUCUCAAUCUAUGGAACAAAGGCCCUGGUCCUCGAUGGUACUUCUGUAAUAUGAGCACUAGUGACAAACACACCUCCUGCUUCCCCGCAAUGUAUAGAGCAAAAGCCGUGGCCUUCGAUGGUACUUCUGUAAUAUCAAGACAGGGACAAAAAUACCUCCCGCUUUCCCGCAAUGUAUGAAGCAUAGGCUUUGGUCCUCGAUGGUACUUUUCUAAUGUGAAGUUAAUAGCCUAUGGUUUUUCAUGGUACUUCUGUGAUAUGAAGAUAGGGAUAAAAUACCUUCUGCUUUCC